AUGAUCGCUCAUAAUACAAGAUGUCACCAGCUUAUCGGCUUUUACGAAAGCUUCGCAUCGACUAUCCUCCAGUCCGUGGCCGAAGUCAUUCUUAUCCUGUUGAACAGCGUUGAGCAGUUUCGGCUGAUUGGCGGGAGAUUUGCACAAUUUUUUUUUGUAUUUUUUUUAUCUCUCCUCACCCAAGUCUCCGACUCAAAUAUUUCUUCUUCUUCUUCUUCUUCUUCUUCUUCUUCUUCUUCUUCUUCUUCUUCUUCUUCUUCUCCUCCUCCUCCUCCUCCUCCUACUACUACUACUACUACUACUACUACUACUUUUUUUCUCCUUUUUUUUUCUCUCUUUGAUUCAGUUUUUUUUCCUCGGAGCUAUCUCUCUUACUGUUUAAGGGUUCAAUCCUGUCUCUUUGGUGGUGGUGGGUUUGUUCCACCAUUCAUUUAUUGGUUGGCUACAUUAACACAUCUAUCUAUCUAUCUAUCUAUCUAUCUAUCUAUCUAUCUAUCUGUCAGUCUCUCUUUCUCAGAACUUUAUUCAGAUCUCUCUCUAUCUAUCUAUCACAUGUCAGUAAAAUUCUUUCGCUUUCUCUUUCUCACUUUAUCUCUCUCUCUCUCAAUCUCUAUCUAUCUAUAUAUAAAUAUAUAUCUUAUUCAUUCUCUUUAUAAUUUUUAUCUCUCUCUCUCUCUAUCUAUGUAUCACUGUCAGUCUCUCUUUCUCUUUCCCACUUUAUCUCUCUCUCUCUCUAUCUAUCUAUCACUGUCAGUCUCUCUUUCUCUUUCUCUUUCCCACUUUAUUUCUCUCUAUCUCUCUAUCUAUCUAUCACUGAAUCUCUCUUUCUUUUUCUCUUUCCCACUUUAUCUCUCUCUCUCUCUGUAUCUAUCUAUCUACCACUCAGUCUCUCUUUCCCUUUCUCUUUCUCACUUUAUCUCUCUCUCUAUCUAUCUCUAUCUAUCUAUCACUGUCAGUCUCUAUUUUUCAUUCUCUUUCUCACUUUAUCUAUCUAUCUAUCUAUCUAUCUAUCUAUCUAUCUAUCUAUCACUGUCAGUCUCUCUUUCUCUUUCCCACUUUCUCUCUCUCUCUCUCUCUCUUUCUCUCUGUUCUAUUUCAUAUGAUAAUUUCUAUUUAUCUAUCUCAGUCUGUAAAUAUAUCUAUAUAAAUAUAUAUAUAGGAAGAACAUGUCUGUUCAAUACAAAAAAUUUAUCUGAAAAUAAUCUAUCUAUCUAUCUAUUUAAUUUAUCUAUUUAUCUAUCUAUCCCAAAUGUUAUAUAUCAUAAUCUAUCUAUCUAUCUAUCUAUCUAUCUAAAAAUCUAUCUAUCUAUCCUAGAUUAA